CUGCGAUGUCCCGGAUGUUGAGAGCGCCGGAAGAGAAGCAGGUGUCUUCCUUGGCCAUCUUGUGUUUGUCCACCGUGAGCCGUUCGCUCAAAGCCUCGAAGAAUCGGAGGAGAAUCCCGCUGUUGGGGCGCCAUCAUGCCCGGGCAUCUGCAAGAAGGCUUCGGCUGCGUCGUUACCAAUCGCUUCGACCAGCUAUUGGACGACGAAUCCGACCCCUUCGAGAUAUUAAAGGCGGCCGAAAACAAGAAGAAAGAUGCGGCCGCGUCAGGAGGCUCGAAGACGGCAGCUCAAGCUGCAAAACAGCCGAAAAAGGAGUCCCAGAAAGACAGGAAAAACACAGCGCAGGACAAGAAAGAAGACAUCCAGCCCCCCGUGCCACUUAAGAAGGAGGGGAUGAGGAGGGUUGGCCGGAAGCCGGAGCAACAGCAGGGUCCAGCCAGCUCCCAACACCCGGGAGGUCCAGGAGAGGGUCGACCCGGAGACAGGAGGCCUGACAGACGACCUCCUCGUGAGCGACGCUUUGAUAAACCCGCUGACGAGAAGCCAGAGGGGGGAGAUUUCUCUGCGGACAAGCCAAUUGGGGAUAAGCCAUCUAGAGGACGUGGAGGAGGACGAGGAAUGGGCCGCGGGGGCCGAGGACGAGGGAUGGGACGCGGAGACGGUUUUGAUUCCCGGGGGAAACGUGACUUUGACAGACACAGCGGCAAUGAUAAAGCUCGACAGAAAGGAGAGGAGAAGCGCAGUGGGAGCGGCUCGCACAACUGGGGCGGUGUGAAGGAAGAAACCAGUGAGCUUGAUCAGUCUGCAGCACCUGAGCCUGUGCCUGAAGGUGAAGAACACGCCCCUGCUGACUCCGAAAACAAGGAAAAUGAAGUAGAGGAGGUGAAGGACGAAGGCCCGAAGGAGAUGACCCUGGACGAGUGGAAGGCCAUGCAAGACAAAGAACGAGCCAAAGUCGAGUUUAACAUCCGCAAACCCAACGAGGGAAACGACGGUCAGUGGAAGAAGGGCUACGUACUGCACAAGUCAAAGAGCGAGGAGGUUGGCACGGUAGGUGAACGGCAUGCUGGAUCUGUGAUUGAAGCUGGAGAUGUUGACCCCGACUCAUUCCACAAGGCUGAAGAAGGUGGAGAUCACCACUUCCGUAAGCCAGCCAAUGACAUCACCUCGCAGCUGGAGAUAAACUUUGGAGAUUUGGGUCGGCCUGGACGCGGGCGCGGAGGCUCUCGUGGGGGACGUGGCGGUCGCGGUGGUGGCGGUGGCAGCGGCGGGGGACGACCAAGCCGAGGCGGAGGCAGAUCUGAGAAGGGUGGAGGUGUUUCCGUUCCCAACGUUGACGAUCCUGAGGCUUUUCCAGCUCUGGCUUAAACACCCAAACCUCCUCUCCUCUUCAAACGCUUGCAUGCUUAUGGAUUGUUCGACCAUAGAAACCAGAGAAGUGAGACUGUCAUCCGUACAUACACUGAGAACUGACUUUUACCUGCGGAAAACAAUGAGAAAAACACAAAGGACUUCUUAUUACACUGAAGCAAAUUCUGGGUAGAGGUUUUGUAUUUAGAGACACGAUAGCAGGGAUGUUCAUACAGUAUUUUUUGUUUUGUUGUUGCUCUUCUCCUCCUUUCUUUCCCCCCAGAGAUUAUGCAUUCGCCAUAAAUAUUUUUUUAUCGCUGCUUGAAUGUAUGCAUUUUCCAGAUAGACUUUUGAAGUGUGUUGUGAACGCUUCAAGCUUUCCCCCCUGUGUAAUUGAGUUUAUUUCUCUCUCGACGGCUCUACCAAAUGCAGAACGUUUUUUUUUUCUUCUCUCCACCAAGUGAGAAUGCGAGACUUGUGACGAUUUUACUAUCAACAUAUAUAUAUAUAUAUACAUAAGUAAUGUAUAUUUGACUAUUUUAAAUGUUUCGAAAGAAGGUCAAGCUCAGCCUCUUGUUAUUUAGAUUUGUUUUUGACCCGUAGCACGAAGCAAAAUGUGUCGUCUUGAUCUUGCUGUGGGUUUUUAUUUUAUUUCUGUCGCCCUCUGCUGGACAUGUGAUGAUAUUGGUAUGCUUAGUUCUUCCUCAUCAUCAUCUGGUUGAAGCACCCGGGAGAUCCAGGCUGGUCCUUUUUAAUCAUACAAGUUCCUCUCUUAGGACCGCUUCUUUCUGAACUGUAUACGUCCGUGUGUGUGUGUGUGUGUAUUGUAGUAUUGUCACGAUACUGGAAUUCGGUACCAAUAAACACUGAGGUUUUAAAACCGUUCUUACAUUUGAACGCAUUCUUAAACUGUGCUGAAUUGCUCUUGUGUUCACGUGCUCAACAGAAAUGACUGUGAUUGGCUGUUAGGUUCACCAAACUCACCACUGUUUACUGAGUGUAACCACAGAUACAGGGACACUGGAGUCGUUUAAAGCCACGAUUCAUCAGCGAAUCGCUGGUAUGUCAGCUUAUAGACAAACUAGCUGAUCGACUGACUUUGUUUCUGAGUGUAGAUACUGGAGCUUUUUAGAGGGGAGUUUGGUGAACUGAUGACCUUCCCAGCCAAUCACAGUCAUUUCUGUUGAGCUUGUGAACACAAUGGCCAAUCAGCGCUGUUUAAGAACACGCUCAAAUGUUAGCGGGAAAUGGACGUUUUUAUAAUAUCAGUAUCGAUUGAUAUCGAAUUCAAGUGUUGUGUCAACCCUAGUGUGUGUGUGUGUGUGUGUGUGUGUGUGUGUGUGAGAGAGAAAUCUGUUUUAAAACACAUCUGCCGUUACGUUCGUGAGUUUAGAUUGUAAACUUAUUAUUAUUAUUUAGUUUUUCUCUCUAGCUAAGGUGGUUGACAUAUCUUUGCACUUAGAUUUUUAUGCUGACGUUUGAAAAAUCGAGCUCCUCGAGCACGUGGUCUGUCGGCAUCAUUUGUUUUUAUGUUUUUAUUACUCCUUCUGUGCUGUGUUUUUAUUUUUUAAUGAUUACUAAGAUGGCACUACUGCUCGCGUGUGUGUGUGUGUUUUUUUUUUUUCUGAAGCGUUGUGUAAUUCAGGGUGGGACAACAGUGUGUGCUGCGAAAAAAAUAAAUAAAAGAAGAAAAGUUGGAUCCAGCUUAUGUAUGUGAAAAUUAGCAAGACCUCCGAGUGUGAUGGCCGAUGUUCUCUGUAUUCAUAGGAGGAGGGACAAUAAAAUGGACGACGACACUAGA